AUGGCACCAAGGCCUAGCGAGCAGCGCCCUGCUUGCGAGGAGUGCCACAAGGUAUUCCCUACAUGCGACGCCUUGGCUGCGCAUAAAUUGGAGAUGAUGGACUCCGGUAAGGGCCACAAUCACUGCGUCGAGUGUGGCCGUAUGUUCUCGAACCCAGAUACUGUUCUCCUGCAUCAGUUUCAGUAUCAUGCAAAGCCUCAGGACUUGCAGUGUCCUGGUUGUGGCCUUAGCUUCGUCCGAGUUGGAGGUCUUAUCUCUCACAUUGAGUCCGGCCAAUGCAGGAGGAUCUCUAAGGAAGCGUUGGAUGCAAGCCGCAUCCAGAAGCUUCAGAUGGGUAAGGGCCUCGAGGAUGCCGGCGACCCCAAUCAUCCAAAUAAGGGAUACUACGCGCAGUAUAUUGUAAAGAACCUUCCACCCGCUCACGCCAAGCCUCCCGUCCCCUACAAGCUGCCCGUCCUCGACAAUUCGCCUGUCCUUGCGAAGUCACCGGUCCCCGACAAGCCUCCCGUACCGGCCAAAGAGGACCCGGUGCCGGUUAAGAAGGUUGCCCUUCCUAAGCCACUUGAUAUCUCAAACAAGGACGAUUUCCCCACCUUGGCCGACGCUGUCGCUGCCUUCAAGGAGGCUGAUAAGCGAAGGGCGGCUAAAGCUCUCAAGGGCGCUGAGGAUAAGCAAUCCAAGGAACCCGAAGCGUCUGAUAAAAGUUCUGUUACAGACGACGUUCAAUCGAAGAAGCAAGGCGAGGUCCUCAUUGAUAUCGGCUCUGUCAAGGAGCCUUCCACUGUGUCCGGCCCUUCCCAUGAGCCCGCUAAGUCGGGAGGCACGGUCAAGAAGCGGAAGCCUAUGCUAAGCGAUGGCCUCAGACAGAUUAGAUUCACUCGCACGGGCGUUUACUUGGAAAAGCUCAAGUCGGAUGAUGGUGUUGAGGAGGCCCACUCGGAAGUCGGUGUUGAGAAUUCCAUCUCGGGAGGCGUUACAAAGACGCCUAAGGAUGGAGACGUUGUUACCAUUGAUAAGGAGAGCUGUUAUGAGGCCGCAGAUGGAAGCGAUUCUGCUGGAGUUCCCAAGCUGGACAAUGUUUCCGCCAACGCCGUGGCCGAUUUGCCAGCUCAGAUCCCGAACACCGGAUCUGAGGAAUAUGUUCCUCCCCACCUCCGAGGUAAGAAAGGCAAGCAGCCUAUUUAUCCCCCUGGAGAACAGCAGGCCCGUGACGACAACAGCAUUGGCCAGUCGUCCUCCCAUUCUCGAAAUGCUAGUGGCGCGAACCAGAUGGGCUCCAGUGAUGGAGGACUUCCCAAGACGGCUGCUGCCCAGAAUACGGGGAGCCCCAAGAAAGCCGAUCCCCAUGGUGGCGCUUCCACAUGGAUUGGCGAGAGUUGGGAUGCACCUCACAACCCCCAAGUGAAGUGGGAUAAUGGCGAGCUUUUGAACGGUGGGGUCGGCGAGUCGCUUGACAUCACCGACCCUCGCCACCGGGACUUUAAUCUGGCGCACCAUUACCGCGAGUGGAGUAAGAAAUUUCAUUGUCCUAAGGCUGACUGCAAGAAGAGCUUUACUAUGGGCCACGCCCUCGUCGACCACUUGACCUCUGGCGCCCACGCCUACGACGGCCGAAAGCUGCAGUGCCCCCACUGCCUCCGCUACUUCCGCUCCGCCACGGCUCUGACCCAGCAUUCCGAAUCCCAGAGCACCCGCUGCGGCAUCCGCAUGACGGAGGACUUCCGGCCCUUCCUCGACCAGCUCACUGCUGGCAUCGCCGAUGUCUCGGGCACCCUUGAGGAUUACACCAACCGCUACGUCGUCACCGAAGAGUCUAUCCGCAAGUUUGGUGAUCAGGGAGAGCGUGGUGUCAAAGUCAUCAAGGCCCUGGACAAGUUUGCUGAGGAGAAGGAGAAGGAACGCAGCGAGUACUGGGCUGAGAAGCAGAGGGAGAUGACUUGGUAA